AUGCGGCUGUUCAACGUCUCAACUUUGCUCCUGUUCUUCUUCAGCUCAGGGCUGGCUCUGCAGAUUCAGUGCUACCAGUGUGAGGAGAUGACACACGACUGCUCCACACCAGAGUUCAUCGUCAACUGCACCGUCAACGUGCAGGACAUGUGCCAGAAGGAGGUUCUGGUGAAGGAUGACGGGAUUCACUACCGCAAGUCCUGCGCCUCGUCAGGAGCCUGCCUCAUCGCUUCUUCUGGUUACCAGCAGUUCUGCACCGGCAAGCUCAACUCAGUGUGCAUCACCUGCUGUAACACUCCGCUGUGCAAUGGCCCACGCCAGAAGAAACGCCCGCAACCGUCGGCUGCCGUUACCCCGACCGCUCCGCAGCUCCCUGUGUUUUCCCUCUGCACCCUCCUCCUGCUGUCCACCCUGUGCUGA